ACUCGUUCUCACUCUUGUCUUUUGGUAAUUUCUUCUGCCUUUUCCUCUUCAACUCAACCUAAACGACGACGACUGCGUUUUCAGCACCCAAAAGCUCUGUAUCUCAACCAUGGUUCUUCUACAGCUAGAUCCAUUUCUCAAUGAACUCACCAGCAUGUUUGAGCGCAGCACUGAAAAGGGCUCUGUUUGGGUUACUCUUAAACGAUCAUCUUUGAAAUCUAAGGUGCAGAGGAAUAAAUUGGCGACUGCUGGUGAAUCAAUUGAGUACAGAUGCCUUAUACGUGCUACUGAUGGGAAAAAGACAAUUUCUACUUCGGUUGGACAGAAGGAUCACCAGCGUUUUCAAGCUUCUUAUGCAACUAUAUUGAAGGCUCAUAUGACUGCUCUAAAGAAGAGAGAAAGGAAAGACAAGAAGAAGCCGGCGGAGGCAGAUAAAAGAGAAGGGAGUUCGAAGAGACCGAAGAAGUCUUGAAUAAUCUGCUUUUCCUGCCUGGCCUUCUGCACAAACUUCGUUUCCUGCUGACUCUGUUUUUGUUUCCCCCAAAUUUUUUUUUUCAUUAGCAAAGUGAGAGAUGAAGGUGAAGGGGUAAAGAAGUGAAGGGAAAAGGGGAAAAAAGUGACAAAGGAUAAUUGAAGAAUUCUCAUUUUAAUCUUUAGAUAAAUAUUCAUUGAUGUGCCAAUUUGUGAAAACUUUCAGUUCCCCGGGAGGUUAUAAAAUGAAUGUUUAGGAUAUAUUUCUUUUCCCCAAUGAUUUA